AUGGUUACCAGGUCACAAACGAACUCUCUCAAACCUAGACUUUUUCACACAUCUCUUUCUGAUCCAUCCACCGUUGAACCACGCCUCUUUUCUCAAGCUAUUAAAAUCCCGUGUUGGCAACAAGCUAUGCAAACCGAAUAUGAUGCUCUUAUGAGGAAUAACACGUGGUCUAUUGUUUCUUGUCCUACUAAUGAAAAUGUAAUUGGUUGUAAGUGGAUUUACAGGAUAAAACGAAGAUCUGAUGGUACUAUUGAACGACACAAAGCGCGUUUGGUAGCUCAAGGUUUCACUCAAGAAGCAAGUGUGGAUUACUUUGAAACCUUCAGCCCUGUCAUUAAACCAACAACCAUUCGUUUGGUUCUCUCCAUUGCCAUUUCUCGUGGGUGGUCUAUUCGACAGCUAGAUAUCAACAAUGCUUUCUUAAAUGGAGAUCUAAACGAGGUUGUUUACAUGAAACAACCAUGA